AUGCCGGCAUUCUACCAGAAGCUCCUCCGACACUACGGCCUGGCGCCGAGCCAGUUGGCCCCUAAUGCAUGGAGGUACAUGGCGGCAUUCGUGCAGCGCUGCAAGGAUGGCGGCGUGGAGGAACCGCUGGUUUCGGCCUUCGCGUACUUCUUCUCUCUGUGCGCGCACAACCACGGGAACAAGCCAUUGGGGUGGCACCAUUUCCACCCCUGCGCCGGCCGUCAGGCCCGUCACCGCCUCUUCUCCGGCAGUCUGCUCACCAAGUACGGCUGGAGAACGAGGUUCUUCUUCCUUCAGCCCCCGGAGGGGAUGCCGUGGAGGUGCCCGGUGGCGUGGGGCAAGCCCAGGAGGGAGGACGUCGGCAUAGUGGAGCUCACGGAUGCGGCGAUAGAAAAGCUAAAGAAGAUGCCUUGCAUCGAUCUCCAGGACUGUUUGAGGCUCCAUGACCCGCCCGUCGGCGCUCUCAACCUGCUGCAGCUGCACUCCCCGACCGCGCCGCCCACGGUGAAACCGGAAUCCGCAGCGGCCAGCGCCCAAGCUCUCGCUCGCACCUCGCUGCACCAGCUGAACGUGACGUUGGAAGCGGGGGCAAGAGCACCCAACGCCGCCGACGAGGUGCCGCCGCCGCAGGGAAUGGGAAUGACACCAUGUGAGACAUCGUUUGAUGGAGCCUGGGGCAGCAGCAGCAGCGAGAUCUCCAUGCCACGAGGGCUUUGGGCAAGUGACGCCCUCUACAUGUACGAUGCUAUGGUGGCAACUGAAGCUGAAAAGGCCCGAUUGCAACAUACUAUCCAGCAGGCAGCCCAGGAGCUCGCCCACCUUCAGGGUCAGCUGCAACAGGCCGCGGACCGAGAACAACAGGCCAACGCCGCGAUUGCCAAGUUCAUGGACUACAUGGUUGCGGCCAGAGCUGAGAAUGCACAGCUCAAGGAUAAGCACGCCUCUGAGAUCUCCAAGCUCAAUCAGGAGCACGCCUCUGAGGUCGCCAAGCUCCAGGAGGAGCAUCACAUGGCAAGCACCGCACAUGCCGAGAAGGAGAAGCACGCUGCUGAGGUUGCCAAGCUCAACCAGGCGCAUGAUGCUGCCGUCACCUGGCUCAUGGAGGAGCACGCUGCGGAGGAGGCGGCGGCGAAUGUGGUCCAGGAUGCAAAGAAGGACAUAGCGCUCGCCCUAUUCCCAGACCUGGACGCCUCAUUGCUGUGA